AUGUCCUUUAUCGAUCCCAACCCUUCGUCCACCAUCGCUGCGCGCUCAAACCACACUCAGAAUAGGGGCGCUGGCGUCCACAUUCUCGGCACACCUGCCAGCGCCACCAGCAGCAUCGAUGCUUCCUCGCCUCGCAUCGCCACCUCGUCAUUCUCGUCCAACACCGUCGAUCCCUCCUCCACUCCUCGCUCUCGCCUUUUCUCAUCUGGCCGCAAGUCUCCAGAUCCCUUUCGUCGUUUUCGACGUCUCUCUUCCUCCAACUCGCUCCGCCUCGCUUCGGCUCCUGCCGCGCAAGACGCUUGUCAGUCUUUCGACUCGCACCAGAGCCACUACUCUGCGUACUCGGACACCACCAUCCCCGUCUACCCCUCUAACACUCAGCGUGCUGCUUCCCCAACGCCUGCAGACACUUUACGUUUGGCUCCUCCGCCUCGGCCUUGCUCCUCCACCAAACCUGCCUUUCAUCGACCAAAACGCGCAAAGUCGUCCAGCAUCUCGAUUCUUUCCACCGGCUUGGGCUUACUCUCCAGAGACAGCCGUCUUGAUCCCUCGUCAGCUACAGACGUUCGUCAUCGACACCGCAAAAGCGCUUCCCUAUCCGGCUCAGACGUCGAUUUCUCAGCAUCAGCGCUAGAGUCAAAGCGUGCUGCUACUCCUCAGCCAUCCAUGAUUCGUCCCGCUUCCCCCUCGCCGUCUCUCUCCGAAUGCAUCUACUCCAUUCAGCACGAUACCACCUCCUCACCUCCACCUCUACCGCUGAGCCCUCCUCUGCAUCAGUCCAAGCAGCACAAGCAGGCAUGGUACCAAGCACAACAAAAGACCAUCCAGCUCGAUAACCCCUACAAUCGCCAGAAGCACCAUCCACACUCGGACACCGCCCAGCUAUUUCCACUCAACGUUGCUGUUCCAGAGCACACCGACCGUGGCCGUGGCUCGCCUACCGCUUCGCGCUCUCCUCGGCCCAUCGUCGAGACCUUUCUCUCCGAACAAGAGAUGCUCGAUGCCGGCAUUCACAUCAUCCGACGACGCCACGACGACCCAUCAGCAACUCCGCCCAGCUCCAAAGACUCGCCUCGUCUAGCUACACCGCGUCUUCACGAUCAAUCCACAAUGCCUCUCCUGCCACCGCGUCUGUAUGGAUCAGAACAUCCGGAUUUCCUCGAGUUCAUCGAUUCGCCCGUCGACAGCAACCAGCCUAGCCCCCUGCUCGACCAGCUCCUCGAUCCACCCGCCUCGUCUGCACAAUUUCAGCGUGCACUUUCCCGCUCUCAUAACAAGUCUAGCAGCGGCAGCCUGUCCGUCUCAUCCGGCGGAUCCACCGAUUACCUGCCACACGAGGCAGCUUCACUCAACAAUGGCAGUACCGGCAGUCUGAGCAGCGGCAGUAAACACUCCUUCUCCUUCACCAAACUCAGGCGUGCAGCUACAAAGCCCACCAAUUCCACCAACCCGUCUCAUUCUUCCACCGCCAAUUCUUCCAAUGAGGACGUGAGCGGUACGAGAACAUUCCUCUUUCCACCGCGCAACCAGUCCGCGAACCAUCAAAACCAAUCGCAGCAGCACCCUGGGUCGACUGCCAGCCUCGCUGCGCCUGGCUCUCUCACGCCAGGCCCUGGCUCGUCGGCAUCGCCUUUCCUGAACAAGCACUCUGCAACCGUCGGACGCGCCUCGCGCAGCAUCGCUCUCGGUAACGGCGAUACUGCCAAAAAAGGUCUGGCGCAAGUGUUCAACAGCAGAAGCAUCUCAGCUGCCACAGCGCGUCCAUCGUCCUCUACUGGCAGCAUCUACCAGCUUUCAGCUACCAACGGUAAUCCGCCUGCCAAACCACCCAGGCCCAGACCUAGCUUGUUAGCCGCUUUCCCGCGUUCCGGCGGAGGCAGUGCCUCGUCGCUAGGCUCCAUCUCCGCACCCAACACGGCUUCAGUUCAAGCAAUGCACGACUCAAACAGAGGCAACGCUGGUAGUGCACAAGAUAUGCUGCUACACCCACCUGCGAGUGCAGGCGCAGACAUUGGCAUCGGCAUCUACAGCGACAUUGCUCAUUCGCAGUCGCAGGAAGCUGUCGCCGAAGCCAGACUGGAUGCAGAGGCUCUGCGUGCGUCUGCAGCUACACCGUUGCCCCCGCCGCGAAGGCUGAAUCCACCGCGCGUCGGUGGUGGCGGUGGCCCCGCCUACCAGGCGUACUCACAGUACACCUCUCCCGCUAUGGCACGAUCCGCUUCGGCUGGUGGACCCAGCGGUGUCGUUGGUGCCUUGGGACACGUUGGUCAGUUUGGUGCCGCCAUGGGCAAGAAAGGUUGGGACUUUAUGAAGACACUCCAAACUUCAAAUCACACUGCUGGUGCGGGUGCUACUUCUGGCCGAGCCGGUGGCGCUACCAUCGCUUACAAUCCUGGCUAUCAAAUUGGUCGCAACGCCACUGCCAAUGCGGCUUCAAGUGCUGCCGAGAACGAAGCGACGCGACAGUGGUUGUCACUCCUCGAUCGAACUGAUCUAAACAUGGCACCAACAAGCAGCGAUAGCGUUUUUUGGUGCUCCCCUCAAAGACGCCGUACUGCGAUCGCGUCUCUCGAGCUCGCUUGCGAGGCAAACAACAACGACGACGAACACCUCGACGUUCCUGACCUGGGCCAAGAAUUCAGCGCCAACUUUCUCGAUUCGCCUGGCGUCACUCCACGCGCCUCUGUCGCUGUGACGGCGGCAAAGGUGCCCUUGAGUCGCGAGCAAGCACGCCAUCUGUACCUGCCGCGCGUCGUAGUGCGAUGCAUUGAAAGUCUGGAAAAGUGGGGUCCAUCCGAAGAAGGAAUCUAUCGGAUUAGCGGACGUAGCAGUCAUACCUCAAAGCUGCGUGCUCACUUUUCGGAUCCGCGCAACGACCUUUGUCUCGACGAGAUCAAUCCUGCCGAUAUUGACAUCAAUUCCGUGUGCAGCUUGCUCAAGAUCUACCUUCGCGAGCUCCCGGAACCGCUCAUCCCGCUAACGCAGAGUCAACUGCUCGACCAGGCCGUAGCGCGCUUGCUCUGCGAAUGCCGAGACGCAACCGACGCCAACGCCGACGCCGAUGCCGGCGCAAGUGCAAGUGCAAGUGCAGGCAAAGUAACCGAGGCGCGAGUCGCUCAACUCGCUUCCGAUAGCGUGGCUGCCGAGCUGUGUCCGCUGAUGCGGCAGCUCGGUGUGUACAACUGGUAUCUACUCCGCGAGCUCAUCCAUCAUCUCGGCAUGCUAGCACAACCCGAGGUGGUAGCAAGUACAAAGAUGCCGAUCAGCAACCUGACGCUGGUGCUUGCACCUACGCUGAGCAUCUCGCUAGCAGUGUUGCAAGUGAUGGUGCGACAUGAGGAGGUGAUUUUCAGUGGACCGGUUCCGAACGAAGAUGGCGCGGCUGGAGCUCUUGUCGAGAGCGUAGCUGCACUCGAGCGUGAGCGCUUCAAGGCUCAGCCACCACCUAGACCAGCCAAGCCGGCCAAACUGAGUUCGCCGAGCAGGCUGCCCAUCAUGGUUCGCAAGCGCGCCUCGUCGAUGGGGUUGACAGCGCUGCUUUCGUCGCCCUCUCGCAAAGGCGCCGCAGAAUCGUCGGCGAGAUCGCAUCGUCGAACACCGAGUGCUACGCCGUCGAUCGAGUUGCCAGCUUACCUUGCUCAAGCCGCGGCGGCUGUGGACCCGGCUGUUGCAUCUGUUGCCUCGCCGACACGUGCAGUAAAGGCGGAUGGCUACGAACGGCCGUCGACGUCGUUGGGCCACUUUGCAGAACUUGGCGAUUCGCGCACGCCGUCGUCCGCCAAUCCCGCGCUCAGCCGAGAUCGAUUCCGAGGCUCGCGCGAUGCAGCGUUGCGCUUCGACGCUCUCGCUCUGGAUGACGACCAAUCUCGUCACCAGCGCACACGCGCUUGUGCUCGAGACUCGACGCCGAUCGCGCGAUACUAUGCACGCAUGAGACAGCAGCCUCAACAUGAACUUGAAAGCGAGCGCGCCAAAACGCCGAUGGCAACGCCGAUAGCAACGCCGAUAGCAACGCCGAUAGCAACGCCGAUGGCACCUUCGGCUUCGCUGCCGAUUCUCUCACACACAUCCGCCAAGCGUUCAGUAGAUUGCUCGCUGUCGCCCAAGCUCGACGCAAGCGAUGCGCGCAUCGCAAGCAGCGGGCGCACUUCGGCACUCGACCGACCACGACCGCCGACGUCGGGAUCAGCGAGCUUCUUCGCCGCCAAGAGCAGGAGGCAGGAUUCCACGAGCGUCCGCAAGCACGCUCUGCCCUCGGCCAUUCCACUGGCGCACCAGAUGCGCGAGCAGCACACGCCGACGCCGACGCCGACGCCGAUGCUCAACUCUGUCAACAAGUCUCCCUAG